UUAUUAAUUUGUUAAAAGUAUUUUACUGCAUUUAAAAAAAAAUUGAGACAUUCGAUAAUUAAUUACAUUAUAAAUUAUAAGAAAGUCAUUUUUUAAUUAUGGUACGACAUAAAGCCCAACCAAGAAUACACAUUUACCGACCGAUCAUAAAUUUCAUGAGAAAAUUCUUGGAAAUAUAUAUCUACGGUCGGGACGCCUAAGUGUAGGUUUUAUUUCCGAAGGUCACCACACUGUACGAUAAACAUCUUUCAUUUUCAUUCAUAGUGCGUCUUAUCCAAAGAAAUUGGAAUUAUAUUCAGAUAUUAUACAAAGCAAAAGAAAAAUUAUUUUAAAAAAAUAAAUGAAAUCAAUCAACUAAGAUGGCAGAAUACGCAGGUAAAUAUAGAUGGCUCAAUUUGCAAGAAAGAAAAGAAAUUUUAGAAAUUUUUAAAGCAAAUGAUGAAAAAAGGAUAAAAUCAAAUUGUUCGGAAAUAGCGCGAAAUUAUAAUGUUUCAAAUACAACAAUUUUAAGAAUGAAAAAAGGUCGUCGUCAACAUUGGGAAAGUACAAUGGAUAAAGAGGAUAAUUCAAUUGUUUUUGGUAAACGAAGAAAAGCCUCGAAAAUAUCAAUCCUCGAGGAAGUACUUUAUGAAUGGUUUAAACAAAAAAGAGCCGCUGGCCAAUCAAUAACAGGUACACAACUACAAGAGAUGGCAUUGUCAAUAAAUAGAAAAUUAAAUAUAAAUCCCGAAUUUAGAGCAAGUAAAGGAUGGUUAAAUAAUUUUAAAGAACGUUAUAAUAUUCGUUCAUUAACAAUGAGUGCCGAACAAUUACCAGCUAAAUUUGAGAGUUGCUUAGAAUUUGUUAACGCUGUGUCGUCAAUAAUGCUUUUGAAAAAUUUUCAAUUAUAUCAAAUUUACAAUGCCGACGAAAUGGGAAUCUAUUGGAAAAUGUUGCCGAGAAUUAAUUUUAUUAAUGAAUAUGAAGAAAGUUUGGAUGGAUUUAAAAUGGCAGAGGAACGUGUAACUGUUAUGGCUUGUGCAAAUGCCGAUGGCAGACACAAAAUUCCAUUAUUUGUAAUAGGAAAAUGGGAAAAUCCUAAUAGCUUUAAUGAUAUUAAAUUACCGGUAGAAUAUCGAUAUGAAGAAAAUGCAUGGAUGACGCGAGAAAUUUUUAAAAGUUGGCUCACAACUGUUUUUUUACCAUCGGUGGAGGAAUUUCAAAAUAAGGAAGAAAAAUCACAUAAUAUUUUAUUAAUAUUAGAUAAUGCCAAGUGCCACUUGUCCAAGGAAGAAAUAGAAUCAAUUUCAGAUAAGUGUGUUAUUGAAUUUCUUCCACCGAAUGUGACUUCUCAGAUUCAACCGAUGAAUCAGGGUGUUAUACAAGAAAUAAAAAGACUCUACAGAAGGAAUAUGUUAAAGGAUAUGUUAUUAGAGACAAGCGAAGAAAGUCUUCUUAAAUAUUUAGAAAAAUUAAAUAUACUGGAUUUUUGUACGCAAAUUGCAAGUGCAUGGUUCGAAGUUAGUACUGAAAAUAUUUUACGUGCAUGGAGAAAAUUAAUACCAGCAUGUGACAUUAUUGUUGAAACUUGUCAAGUUUCUGUAGAUGAAAUACUACAAGUUUUAUAUAGACUUCCUGGUUUUCACAAUAUCAAUGUACAACAAGUACUUUCUUGGCUUGAUGUAGAUAAAAAUGAAACUGGAUGGAAAAUACAAACUGUGGACGAAAUUUUACAAAGUUUAUCUCACGGUAAUAAAUCUUCGAAUAAUGAAAAAGAACAAGAAAGAGAAGAGGAAACUGAUUCACAAAACAUUCAAUAUUCAACUAAUAUAGGGGAAAUAGAAAUAAAAGAAGAACUUGAAAUAAAAGAGGAAUUUGAUACUAUUUCAGAAACAGAAAUUAUUGCCGCUGAAGCAGAUGAGGCAUUGAAGGCCUUGAAUUUCUUUAAAAAAUGGUAUGAACGACAGUGGAAUUGCGAGUCUGAAAAUUUGAUAAUCCUUCAAAGAUUGAAUAAUGAAACAAAAGAUAUUGUCGCACAAUUGAAAGGUUUAAAUUUUGUUGAAAAUGUAAAUGAAUAAAGAUGGUAUUUCAUAAA